AUGGGUUCCCUGGCCCUGCAGCUGUGUGCUCUCUCCUGCCUGGUGGCUCACUCGGUUUCUGGCAGCCCCAUCAUGAGCCUGGAGCAGUCGCCUCUGGAAGAAGAUAUGCCCCUCUUUGAUGAUGUCUUCUCAGAGCAAGAUGGUGUCGACUUUAACACACUGCUACAGAGCAUGAAGAAAGAGUUUCUCAAGACAUUGAACCUGUCGGACAUCCCGAUGCAGGAUGCAGCCAAGGUUGACCCACCAGAGUACAUGUUGGAACUCUACAACAAAUUUGCAACAGAUAGGACCUCCAUACCAUCUGCCAACAUCAUUAGGAGUUUCAAGAAUGAAGAUCUGUUUUCCCAACCAGCCAGUUUUAAUGGGCUCCGAAAAUACCCUCUCCUCUUCAAUGUGUCCAUCCCUCACCAUGAAGAGGUCAUCAUGGCUGAACUGAGGUUGUACACCCUGGUGCAAAGAGAUCGCAUGAUAUAUGAAGGAGUGGACCGGAAAAUUACCAUUUUCGAAGUACUAGAGAGCAAAGGGGACCGUGAGGGUGAAAGAAGCAUGCUGGUCUUGGUGUCAGGGGAGAUCUAUGGAACCAACAGUGAGUGGGAGACUUUUGAUGUCACCGAUGCCAUCAGGCAUUGGCAAAAGUCAGGCUCAUCCACCCACCAGCUGGAGGUUCACAUUGAGAGCAAACAUGAAAUGGAGGAUGCUGGCAGGGGACAACUGGAAAUAGACACUAGUGCCCGGAAUAAGCAUGUCCCUUUGCUUGUCGUGUUUUCUGAUGACCAAAGCAGUGAGAAGGAGCGGAAGGAAGAACUGAAUGAAAUGAUUGCCCACGAGCAACUUCCGGAGAUGGACAACCUGGGAUUGGAAGGUUAUUCCAGCGGACCUGGGGAAGAGGCUUUGCUGCAGAUGAGGUCAAACAUCAUCUAUGACUCCACUGCCCGCAUCAGAAGGAAUGCAAAAGGAAACUACUGCAAGAGGACCCCGCUCUACAUCGACUUCAAGGAGAUUGGCUGGGACUCUUGGAUCAUUGCCCCGCCUGGAUACGAAGCCUACGAAUGCCGUGGUGUUUGCAAUUACCCCCUGGCUGAGCAUCUCACCCCCACGAAGCAUGCGAUUAUCCAGGCCUUGGUCCACCUCAAGAAUUCCCAGAAGGCUUCCAAAGCCUGCUGUGUGCCCACCAAGCUGGAGCCCAUCUCCAUUCUCUAUUUAGACAAAGGUGUCGUCACCUACAAGUUUAAAUAUGAGGGUAUGGCCGUCUCUGAGUGUGGCUGUAGAUAG